GUACUCUGUCAUUCAAGGGUGAGAAGAAGAAGUUUGAUAGCUAAAUUCAAUUUCAUUUCCCAUCACUUAUCGGCAACCUUUCGGUGAACUGUUGUCGGGCCUCUUAUUUACACAUUAUGAAGUAUUGUUCGUGAUAUCUGUUGCAUGGUAUUCAUCCCUGGAUCAGCGAGCUGUUAAUGUUUGAAUAAGUGAUGGCUGGGCUUUCCAAUUAUGCUGUGCGUAUGGCGCGUCUCAGCGCGCGGAUAUUUGGGGACGUUGUGCGUCCCACUGAUUCCAAGUCCAUGAAGGUAGUGGAGCUGUUCAAGGAACCGCCUAUGGCCCAGAAAAAAGAGACGUACGACUGGUAUCCUCAACACAGAAUCUACUAUGCCAUGACCCAGAAGCUGAGAUACAUGGGAUUGUUCAGAGAUGAGCAUGAGGACUUCAAAGAAGAGAUGCGGCGGCUCAGGAAGCUACGAGGAAAAGGGAAACCUAAAAAGGGAGAAGGCAAAAGAGCCACAAAGAAGAAAUAACAUGCAUCUCCAUUACUUCUUGGACACUCUUCCUUGUACAUAACUGAACAAUGGCUGAGAUUAUGCUCUAUGGAAUGCAAAAGUUAUCCACCCACAAACAACUAGGCUGGACCUUUUACUGCGGACAAAUGCAUUUUAUUCACUGUGUCAACAAUCUUAAAUGUGAUAAUACCUUUAUCCACAAGAGGAUUCCACCUAUUAGAAGUCUGUUAUUGAUUUUCAAAGUGUGAUAUUUCAUUUGAACAUAGAGAUUGUGAUCUCUCACUGUACUAUCUCCACAGUAUCUUACAGGUGUUGUAAAUGACUGAUGUUCAUAAAAGAACUAUGUAUA